AUGGAAAUAGAACCUGUGAAAAAUCAACUGGUAAGCAUUGAACUAUAUAAAAAUAUCAAAAUUAGAUUUAAAAAGCUACCGCACCUGCUUAUUUAACUGUCUCGUGACCUAGCUAUGACGGGUAACACAAACUUAUUAUAACGCACUAUCAGAACGUCAGCAGUUACAACUUGAAAAAUUAUCACGGUUUGAGAAAAACGAGUUUUAACGAUUUAAAUACAACGUAAAACAAAAAAUAUUUUAUCUGCAGUCAUACAAUUUUGGAUUUAUACUCAUCAUUUAGAAGCAAAAUUAUUAUAUCCUUUAUAAACUAUAAAAUUUAAAAAAAAUUAUAACCAAUUAAUUAGUUACCUUAUAUUUAAAAUUUAAACCAAUCGUAAAGGAAUAGUGUAUAAUUUUGAGACAUUAUAUUUAUAUUAUACAUUACUAAAUCUACAGUAUUCUAAUAUUUUCUUUAACACUAUAUUAUAUUUUUUAAUUAAACUAUUAUUUAUAAUUUUGUAAAUAUAACAAAUUACGGUAGUGCAUCGCGAAGAACUGCUUUUUUAACAAACAAGAAAAGACUCAGUUGCUGCACAAUGGUAGAAAACUCCAAGUUCUAUUUAAUAGAUAGGUGCUAGGUAUGUGGUUAGCUAAGUCAGCUUGGUGAGCGUUAGGUUGCUUCCUUAGAAAUAUAUGUACCUACUGAAAUAGUUGAAUCAAUUGACUUGAGCUGAAUUAUUUUUUUAAAAUGUAAUUUAUUUAAUAAUAACUUUAAAAUAAUAUGUUUAUAUAUAAUAUAUAAGGUGAUAUCGUGGGGAUAUUUCUCAAUAAAUAUGUGAAUGCGAGUUCAGAUAAAAACAUUUAAAGGCCAAGAACAUGUACAUAUAUUGUAGUGAAAACUGAACCAACGUCCCCUCCAAACCCCCCUCUUAAUUCGGGUUUGGAUUGGAGUGUCAAAUAGUUUCGUUAGACUCACUCAUGAUGUAAUAGCUCUUACCGCCACUGUAAAAAUUGGUAUAGUUUAAAAUUCGAUUUUUGGUUUCAGUUUAAAUUAGAGUAUAAACACAGAUAAUGAAAUUGUACAAGUGCCUUUAUUUUCUAUGACGGUACAAGGUUUGCUGUAGUUUUUCUAAAAUAUUUAUUUUGUUUGAAAAUAUGUUAAAUGUUAUAGCUUAGUGUUUAGGUUAUUUUUUUUCUUUAAAUAGCUGAACCUCACUUUUUUGUUUUAUAAUAUGUUACUUUAGAAAAACAGAACGUACAGUCCAACAGCCCAAAAUAUUUUUUCUCUUUAAAUUUGAUUAUACAAAUAAGCAUGUAAUUUUUAUAAUUUCAACGCAAAAAGUGUUCUCGGAACGCGUCCAAAUUUAGGGUAAUGUACUUUUUCACGUAGGAAACGGUACCUAUAGUUUUAGAAAUAAUUUGUAUUAUUAUUAUUGUUGUUUUUUAUUAAAACAAGAUAAUCUUUGCGUUAGUACAUACGAUUUUCACGAAAGAUCGCGAUAUUAAUAAUGUAUACCGACCUACGUGUUUCUGUGUUUAUAUUUCCCGUUUUGCCUUUUAUUUCAAUGAUGCACAAUUUGUACGAAAGAAAUUUCGGUGAAAUUCUAAAAGAUAAAAAAACAGUCUUUGAAAUACUUUUAGAUGAACGCGUACACAUUCAAUAUUUUAUCUAGAUACAUAUAAAAUAGCGCACAAGUUACAUUCUGUUCAUCGUACAUAAACAAUAUUGCACAUUCAACAAAUAUUUUAUGAUUUAUAAGGAUUUCUGAAUCAACAAGGCAGAUAUAAUAACAUAAUAAUAAUAAUAUAUACAGUGCUCCUAUACGCGGAAAAAAUCAAAAGAUAUAUAUUCAUAAUAUAUUUACCCUCAAUAAUAUAUUCUAUAAAAACAUUAACAUCAUUCUUUCAGGUUUCAAAUACCUAGAUAGUUUUUUUUAUUAAAUUUUUUUUUUUUCGUGUCUGUGAAUAACUUUUUUACCAAUAGUGUUACUCCAAUCAUCGGCAUUGUCAGUGGUUUCUGGUACCGAAUUUAGUAUAUUUUGACUAACAUAUUUAAAUGAACUUGGUUCAGAAUAAUUUUUAAUUUACAAUGAUUAAUUGUUGCGUACCGAUAGAAACUAAAAAUUAUCCUAUACAUCUUGUUGGGAAUACUUUCCUAAUUUCUCAUCUACAAUUAAGUAGCCCACUUAAGGUGCAAGUUAUGUCCGGGUUUUUUUUUUUUUUUCUAAAAAUUAAAAUUAUAUAAUUAUUUACUAGUAAAUAAAACUAUAUGAUUUAAAUCAUGACAGAAAUAUAAAUCGGCUUACAAUCAACUUAUAUAUAAGUACCUACAUAAUAGUUUGAAAAUAUUUAUAAUUAAUUUAGUUGGUUUAUGGUCCGAAGAGUUUAGAAUUAGCUUGACGCAAUUAAAUACCUACAUUAUAUUAAUAGUUUGUAUUGUAUACUCGUACAGAAUUACUACCUAAUCAGAGAGCGGCAAUAAUGGAAUCAUAUUUAUUUUAUCUCUCGUAUACAAAUUAUAUUAUUUUUUUGGUUAUAAUUCCCCAGCAAAUAUAGAAUUCAUAUUUAUUUAAAACAAUAAAAAACAUGUUUUUUUUUAAUAAAAAUGUAGCCAAAUACUCAUAGCGAUUGAUUACGUAUAACUAAUUGUAAUUCACUGGUCACGCUUAUUUUUCAAAUAAAAUAUUAACAAAUUCAAAAUAAAUUGAAAUCGAUUAUGUGUUUGAAUUGGUUGAAAUUUUAUUUUAAAAAAAACGUGGAAAACCAAGUAUAAUAUUUAUCGACAGUAUAAAUUGCAUUUAAGGUUAAGACUAAAAAAAAUACAAUUAUUAUAAGUAUUUCGAAUUAAUUGGGUAAUUCAUAGCUUUUUCAUAGCUUUUUAAGGUUAUCAAGCAAUAACAAUAGGUGGCUACAUUUUUGUUUCUUUUGUUUUUGGAGGAGAUUUAACACCUUUUUUUAAUACCCAGAAAAUAUAACAGAUUAAAAUCAUGAAACUUUUAUGUCUUAUCACUUGAAUAAUAUAAUGAUAAUAGAUAAGUGAUAAAAUAUAACUGAUAAAAGAUAUGAGAAACGAGAUAUGGUAAGCUUUUAAUUUUAGAUAAGUGAUAAGAAAUUAGGACAAGAGAUAUUAAAAAGAUAUACCUGGCCGAGAGUCUCUUGAUUUUGUUAAUAUAUCUAAUUUAAUUUAAUAAAUUUUAAUUUUAUUCAUAUUUCCUACAUGUCAAAUAAUGUGGUAGUAAAAUUAUAGUUUAUUCCAUCAGGGGACCGAAACGAUUCCGCACGAUAUCCGCACGAUUUCACAACUAUUUCUUAAUUUCUUUUGGACAUAAUGACACGAAAUUCCGAAUUAUAUAUUAUACAAAUAUAGGGUUAGACAAGUUCUUCAAACCAGCCCAGGCUAAACAAUAAUAUAAUUUAUUUAUGAAACCAGCUCCAUUACCAAGUUAUAGACCAGCCAGUCCAACCUUACAGGUGUAUACAUUUCUAAAAUAUGACACGGUUUCGUACAGUUACGAAUUAUUAAAUAUGAUUGUAUACCACUCUACCAAAAACCUGUUCAUAAAUUUUACUGUUUGAAUAUGUGUUUUUCCGUCAAAUAAAUAAUCUGAUUAUCGUGACCGAAACGUCACAAGUCACAAUAUACACAACGAUAACAUCGCAUAGAAAUUGUGUGUAGAAUCGUGUUAUGCAGAAUAUUAUGAAUGAAAAGAUAAAUGGGCAAUCGUGCUAUGUGAAAUCGUGAAUAAACAAUUCCAGCGGCAGCCCACCCUAAAAUAUAAAAUAAAAUCUAGCUACCCGGAAUCAUGUUUCCUCUUGCUCUUCUCCAAAUAUAGUCCUGGAAAUUGAAAUUAUUUUAUAGUUAUUGCAAUGAAUAAAUUUAUUUUACAGAAAACACCGAAAUCACUGUGGUAUAUAAUAUGUCACACACUAUGCGAACAGGUGAACUUUUCCGGAAUCAAAGGUAAGGAAUAUAAUAUUUUUACAAUAGCUGUAUACGCGAAGUAGUAGUAAAAAGCCAAUAAAAGUGGUAAAAUCUCACGGUAGUUGAUACAUUGGGGACGUCAUUUUUUGAAUUUCAUAAAAAUCGGAAAAAAAUGACAGGUAAAACAGCAAAUGUUUACAGCGCGACUCGGCAUUACCGAUUUUAUUGUUUUUAAUUUUUUUCACACUAUAUUUUCUACUAGAAAUUACUUUGAUUACAAAAUACCUAAGUAUCAUUUGUUUUACAUUUUGGAUCUCGUAGUUCGUAAAUUAAUUCGUGUUUUUGAUUUUCCUAGUAAUUUUUAUGAUAAUUUGGUAAAACCGGAAAAAAACUUUUCGUCUAAUUAAAACGAACAUAUUUACGGUGACAUAUGUUUCAUUAUUUUUUAUACAUACGAUGUUUUCUACCAAAAAUAUUCUUUUUUAUUUAAUUUUUAAUAUAAUUGUUGAGUAAGAAAGUCAAUUUUUGAUUGUUUCUGUGGGUUAUUUAAUAAUUAAGAAAAUCAAAAAAAAAAAACGAAAAAAGAACGGGAAAAAUUACGAAAAUAGUGCUUUUAUUAUUUAUUUUAAUCAAGUUACUUAUAUUCGUAGAAACUUGAAAUUUUGUUAGAAAACUUAUAUUUGUUCUUUCUAUACGUGAACAAAUUUUCAAAACAAUUGAACCAUUUUUGAGCUUUUCAUAGGCCUUUUAAUUUAGUACCUACCAAAGAACUCUGUGAAUAAAAUUCUUGGACUUGAAUAUUUAAUAGAAGUUUCAUUAUAAGUUGAACUUGAUGGUCAGAAAGAAAAGUUAAAUUUAAUAUUUUUUUUUUAUAUAUAUAUGUUCGUAUAAUAGUUUUAAUAUCAAAUUUUGACAAAAAUAUAAUUGUUACAUCCCUUCGUAACAUGUAUAACCGAACUUCGCUCCAAAUCGUCUUUCACCAGCAAUGGUUUACCGUUGCUUACAGAUAGAAAUUAAAUAACUUAAUGUAUCCUAUCUUUUUUGAUUUAUGACUGAAAAUUAAAUUAUGCAACGCAUUACCCAAACCAAAUAUUUUGAUUUACGCGUUUAAAUGGAAAAUAUUUCAUACUUUAUAUAAUAAGUGAAUAACGAUUAUGUAGAUGGUACUUAACAUUGACAUGUUAACCAGGGGCGUCACUUCCAUUUUUUUUCAGAGGUGCAAGGUUUCAAGCAGGUCAUUAUAAAUAUUUCACCAGACCAUAUACAAAUCCAUAUUUAUUCUUAUGUAUAUUAUCCUGCUGUUAAUUGUUUUAAAAGAUUACGAUUCGCAAUAAACAUAUUGAUCAGAUUCGCAAUUAACAUAAAUAGUAAAAAACUUUUUAAAAUCUAAAUAAUAAUAAAUAAUUGACACUUUACCUUUGAAAAUAAAUAAGUAAUGCAUACAAAUAUUAAAGAUAAUUAUUAUAGAAAAACAAAAAAAAAAAAAUACAUAAUAUUCAUAUUAUUACUUAUCAAUUACUAAUAAUUAAUUGAUAAGUACAACUUUUGCACAAGCUAAAUAACGCUCUAGAAAAAAAAAAAAAUUAUAUUUAUAAUAUAAGAGGAUACCGGCGAUUUUUAAGCCCGGCAAAUCCAUCGACAGCUAUCUCUUAAUCAAUAUUAUUUACUUCUGCUUUUUAGAACCAUAAGACCAUUUAGCUAUUAAUCAUCGCCCAUGGAAGUGCAUAAAUAUGAUUUUAUAUUUUUAAGUGAUGAAAAACCAUUUCAUUUUAAUGCCAUUGUAAUUGGUAAAGUUUUUAUCGAUGAAAUAAUUUUCAAUGUUUCCUUAAAAGCGACUGUUAACCGGUCAACCGUAAAGUUAUCCAACUUUUGACCGUGUGAUUUCUUAUUUAAACUUGUAUUCUGUAGGUAUCAGGUAUACCUGAUAGAUAAUAAGAAUGCAUGAUACAUUUAUUGUUUACUUAAUUACUUGAUAACAUGAUAUUUGUUUAUUUACAGUAAAUAAACCAAUGUUGUUAAUAUAAAAAUAUAAUUUAACAAUAAUUAUCUAUAUAUAAAAAUGAUACAUUAUUUCACCAGGCUGAUUGGGACUAUUUUAAAAGUAAGGGGUUCAAUCACAUAUCCUGCCCUCCCCCCAAUCCCCCAAUGACGGUGGUGCUAAAAUUAGCGUAUGAGAGAUUUUUAAUUGAUAAGUAGGUUAAACAUAUUCAAUUAAAUUUAUACAUGAAAAUUUAACCAACAUAUAUCUUUAUUUGUUACAAAAAACCUUUGUUUAGGUUAUAAUGAAAAGUAUAAAUUAUUUGUACUAGUAUUCUGAGUAAGAUACGGCCCAUUAUCCCAAAGAUUACGAUAGCCUCAGUUAAGUUGAUUCCUGUUAAUUUUGUUAAUUUGUCAUGAGGUUUAAAAUAAAUUGCAAUUGUUCGUUGUUUUUUUUUUUUUUUUAUCAUAAAUUUGAACUUACAGGCAUAUAAAAAUAAAUUAUGACAUAACACUCAACUAUUUGUUUUACUACUACUUAGCAGUAAACCAUUGACGAAUCUUGUUUUAAAAUUAUUAGUAUUUAAAUGAAUUAAUAAAAUUAUAUCCACAUAAAACCAAAAAGUUUUCAAAAGUUUUAAACAACUAAAAAUAUCUCAAAAUACUACGAGCUAAAUAUGAGAAACGACCCACUUCUGGGAUAGUAAAUUAUACAUGGCCAAUACAUUCCUGUAGUACUAUGUCUAUUAUUUUAUUAGAAAUAUUUCUUCACUGCUGAACAGUUUACUUUAUUUUUUUUAUACUUUGACACAGCCAAUGGGGGGCUGAAGUCCCCUGGGUACGCCACAGCGGGUUGACGAAACACUUUUCUUAAUAUUGUGUGGAUAUAUAUAUGUACAUUUUAGCAAUUAUGGUGUUACACCUGACGUCGGAAUUGAAUUACACUCAAGACGAUUCAAUGAUGAUUUUUCACAGUUUUAUGUUAAUGUCCUAUUUGAUGCCGUUAUGCGGUGCUAUAUUUGCCGACUCUUACUGGGGAAAAUACAAGUAAAAUAAAAAUCAUAUUAAUAGCGAUUAGUUAAUUGAAUAUUUUUUGUUCUUUAUUUAUCGUUAUAGGACCUUGAUACGAUUGUCAGUAGUCUAUGCGAUUGGAAAUGUAAUCCUUACCGGAUCGACAAUGGCUGACAAUUUUUCCUUCGAUACUCAAAGGUAAACGCAUGAAAAACUACAACAGUAACACGGUAUCAAUAAAUAGAAUCAUAUUAUUUCAUCUUAAACUGUUUACAUAUAGCAAAAAACAAACAAAAAAUACACCCCUCGCUUCAAAAAUGCGAUUAUAUCUUACAUAUUUCAAAAUACAGUCGUAUUUAACAUAUAGUUUUUUACGUUUAUUUGUUAAAAUGUUUACAAAUAUAAUUUGUAAAAUGAGCAUUUUUUAUUUUUUUUAACAAUUUACAGAAAAUGUCUUUACGACAAUGCUUCUUUUUUUUUUUUAAUUUUGAAUAUUUUAUUUUGAUAGUUUUAACUUAAUUUAUAAUAAAAUUCUUAUCUUUUUCUUUAUAAACAGUAUAAACCAUAUGAAAUAUAAAAUAGAAUCGUGUAGUAUACUUUCAAACGGUUCCAGCAACUUUUACAAUAUCUAUAGCCGUUAUAAUUACUACACAUACGUUUAACGACGUGUCCUUCCUAAACAAUCUUAAUGUCACACAAAACCACCCACCCACCAUAUAAAAUUCAAAAGCAGCCGCUUCUGAAAACUAUGGUUCACUACACAAAUGCUUUCAAAGAUAUUGAUGGGAACAAUACUGCACCCACUUACACUCUAUUUCAUAUAAUUUUAAUGCAUUUUAAUGCACUUAUAAUGAUUGUUAUGUUUAGAUACAUAACCAUCGCAGCAUUAUUGAUUAUUUCAAUUGGAAAUGGCGGAAUAAAACCUUGUACGUACACAUUUGGUGGUGAUCAAUUUCAAUUGCCUGAGCAAAAGGAUCAACUCGCUACAUUUUUCAACAGGUUUCUGAUUGCCGUUUACUUAGGAAUACUGUUGGCUAAAUUUUUCAUACCUGAAUUACGGGCUAGUAUACAUUGUUUUGGCAGGGAUUCGUGUUUCCCACUCGCGUUCGGCGUUUCAACACUAUGUCUGCUAUUAGGAAUCGGUAAUUAUUAUUGAAUUAUAACAAUCAAAGGUUAGUGAAUAAUAAUUUCAGGAUAAUCAUUAAUGAAUAUACAAUUUUAUGAACUAUUUAAAUAAUAUACUAUAUUCCAUGUAAGUCACUAUUUAUUGUAUAAAAAAAUCAAAUAAUAAUUUAUUAUUAUUAUAUUUAUUAUUAUAAUUUAUUCCUGUAUAUUAAUAAAAAAAAUAUGACUAAAGAAUUUUUUUUUUCUUGAGCUUUUAUGGAUUUUAAAAGAUUUCGCUGCCACUAAUACAUUCCUCCACAUAUCUAUGUCCGCGCAAUUCUGUAUUGCAGCUAUUUCUCGAGUACAUUUAUUUAAAUUAUUUUUAACUCUGUCAUCCCAACGCUGCCUGCCGUAACUCUUAGGUAUUUUCACAAUUAUCUUCACUUUUGAAAAUAUAACCUUAGAAUACAAAGUAUAUACAGUUUAAUAUUUUAUGAUUACAAUCGUAUUUAUAUUAAAUUUUUUUUUUUUAUAUUAAGGUGGUUUUUUUAUGGGAAGAAAUUUAUAUAUAAAAAGAAAACCAGAAAACCACGUAAUAUUUAGGACUUUUGGUUGUAUAUGCGUAAGUAUGCACGUGAUUAAACAUGGUACUUAUUUUAAAAUAUUUUUUUUUUUUUAGUAUGCUAUUUACAAAAAAAUUACGUCAAAAUCAGAUAAUGCCCAUCAUUGGCUCGAUCGCUCAAAGGACAAAUAUACUUUGAUAGAAAUUUCAGACACAAAAGCAGCGCUAGAUGUUAUACAUAUAUUUAUAGCUUUUCCGGUGUUUAAUGCACUCUACGAACAACAAGUAAUAUAUAAAUCAUUUUCUUACUUGAUGGCAAUUGUCUAUUUUUAAUCGAAAUCAUAUUAAUAGUAGAUAGGUUGCUGUUAAUUUUAAUAUGGUUACAUUGAAGUGUUGUGAAUUUUCAGUUUUCGCGGUGGACGUUUCAAGCGACACUAAUGAACGGCAAAAUAGAGGCUAUCAACUGGGAAAUAAAACCCGAUCAGAUGCAAACUAUCUAUCCGUUUUUAUCUUUGAUAGUGUUGUUCUAUUUUAAAUCCACAGUAUACCCGUUUUUCGCCAAGUUCGGCAUCCGCACGCCAUUGCAAAAGCUAAUACUGUGCCACACGUUUGCGGUUUUCGCUUUUAUGUCCACUACUAUCCUUCAGUAUGUAAUAUUUGUGAGUUUAAUAUACCAUGUUACCUAUAACUAAUUAUAACCACGCAUUUACCGCGCAAAUAAUUACAAUUUAAUAUUUCUUCAAUUUGUAUACAAGGGCGAAAUCACCACAAUAUCAAGGCACGAAGGUCGAUUCUCGGUUUACAAUGAUUUCAAUUGUAAUGUUCAUAUAAACUCGUCCACAAUGCCAAUCGACGAUAUUGUCGAAUCAUUGGGCACUUCUAAUUUCAAGUGCACGCCGACUUUCAAUAAAGAAGCCGUGAACAUCACAUUAAAGUUUGACAAUUCGUGUAGUUCAUAUCACGAUAAACUACUAUACACCGAAGUGACCAUUUCCAAAGGAAAGGUAAAAUAUAAAUAGGUAUUACCAUAUUUACUUGACUUCGGGGCCUGAUUAACAACAGGCUGAAAAGGCUAUAGCCUAGGGCGUCGUUAAAUGGAUGAGGGAGGCACAGUAAAACAAUGUUUUUAAAAAUUAAUAUCUUUUAAAUUUGUAUCUAUAUAUCAGUGACCAUAUGCGCAGCUUACUAAUUAUCAAGUAAACAUCAACUGAUUAUUAGCAGUUAAAGUGAUGUGAUUUUUAUCUAUUUUAACACAUUUUGUAAUGUUACGAUGUUAUAACGUAAUAUUUUAUUAACAUCAAUACAACAAGGUAUUGCAGAAUGGGAUACUUAUAUACUAUACAGGGUCUUCCCAAUUUCAUAUUGCAGUUAAAUUUUCCAUGAAAUAGGUACUUAUUUAUUAAAAAAAUGAUUUAUGUAAAAACUUUCUAGAAUUAUAAGGGUAUUCUAUAAUUUUACAUAGCUCUUACUUUUUCAACCUAAUUUUUUAGGGUGAAACCACUACCUUUUUUUGAUUUCAAAUAGCAACAUGUAUCGCAAAGUCCAUAAAUAGAGGAAAUUUUAAUUUCAUUACAAUUUAGUGAUGACAUUUUCAAUUUCCCUCAACCUAUUGACAAUUUAUUCCACCUUCAAAUUUGGGUGGGCGGAGAGUAGUGAAGGACCAUUUCUAUGAGUGCACGGAGCGUGACUUUUGAACAGUGCGAAAUUCUAUAUGAAAUUCCCACGGUCGUAAAACGUUACAUACAAAUAUGCAGUAUAUUUUUUAUACUCGGUAUCGUUUAUAAAUUGUUUAUUUCAAUUUAUUUAAAGAAAUAAUAAAAUAACAGUACAUCUAUGCAAAUUAUUUUAAUUUCAUGUUAUAUUGUUUUUAAUAUUUUUCCUAUAAUAAUGUUGUACUUAGGUAUAACACUUCUUCAUUUUCACGUUAUUAACAAGAAUUUCCUCGCCCUUAAAUUAAUCGGAUUCCUGUGGCCAUUACAAUAUAGACCCCGGAGAAAAGCUUGUACUCCUUAUACGCGUCAGUAUUUUUGCACCCUGGACAUAACUGAAAUUGAUGAAAACAUUUCACAACCUUAUAGUGUAGAUAUUAUAGGUACUUCGUGCAGUUUUAUAUACUCCUAUAUAGUAUAUAAUGACCCAAAAUACAGAAGUAACUACACGGAAUGUACGUGAAAAAGAAGUUAUGUGAGCGUGCAAUAUUUCCAUAGAAAAUUUUGAAAUAAUUUAGUAAUACAGUAAAAUAUGCUUAUGGGUAGAAUACCCUUAGUAAAUUAAAUAACUUAAUUUGUAAAUGGUUAACAGGACACUUUUAAAAUUCUUGAAGUCAAUUUACUUUGAUAUCAUUUUUUUUUUUUUUUAACAUUGGCUAGUACACAAUAUAUUUAAUACAGAUAUUUAAAUUAAGUAUAACAAUAAUAUUUAAUAGGUUAUUAUUACCUAUUAUAAUAAUGUUACGAAUUGAUAUUUAAACUAAUAAUAGUAAUAAUAUUAGGAAUAAUAUACCUAUAUCCCUUUUCAACCAAAUCAACAACCGUAACUAUUAUGUACUAGUGACUAUACGGACGGAAGGACACAACAGGGAUAUAAGAUGUUUAGGUGUUAAGAAACCUAAAAUUACUCGUAAUUAUUAAAAUAAUAAAAUAUUUUUAUUUCCAUCAGUCGAUUUCAUACUUACUAACACGCACUUUAAACAACGACACUAUCUUACGCAGUAUUAACAAUCAUGACGACUUGAAGAAAUCUAAAAACGGAAAUCCUCGUCUACGGUAAGUAAAUUAUCCCUGCAAAUAUCGAUAUUAUCGAUAAUUUACUUUAAAUGCAUUAUUUGCACCUAAUCCGUGUAUAAUAUUAUUAUUAUUUUUAUUGUAAGCAUUUUAAUGAAUAAUAAUCUAAAAACGGAUCGUUUCUUUGAGCUCACGAUCCCCGGGAAGAAAUAUUUCACACCGUAUCAAGUAUCUUCAUUUGCGAGUGAACAUUUCAAAGAAGUCGCUAUUGGAAAGUACGUAUAAUAAGAUAUUGUUAUACUUUAUUAUUGAUAAAAUAGAUGUUAUUUUAUAUUAUCCUUCUCAGGAAAUCAUAUCAUAACAUUUACAUUUUUUCAGCUAUACUUUAAGACGUGGCGGCGAAGUGAUUUCCACGAAUAUAAGACUUAUGCCAGCCACGAUAUACACACUUCUUAUACACAAUGACAGUCGAAAAUUGGUAAAUUUAUUAUAAGUAAACUUAUAUCAACUCCACCCAUCUGAGCGCGGAUACCUUUUAUUUACCCUUAAAUAACCCGGUGUGCAUGAAUCGGUUAUUGACUAGUUUCCCUUAACGGCUGUUUUCGGCAUUUAACAAAUGUACAAAAUGUAAAACGAUUAUGAAACAUAACAUCCAUCACGUAAAAAUUCAACGAAAGAAACAAUUCAUAGUUGUUUUAAACGGAAAGCUGUGGAUGGUAAUUCAUACGUCCAUAAACGGCCAUUAAAAUGUAUAGUAAUAUCGCUGAUUUUAUAAUAUACCUACAUGAAUGUUUGAUCAUGUACUAUCUAUUUCCUUAUUUAAAAAAUUAUUAUGGUUAUUAUUUUUAAUCGAUUAUUGGAAAAGAUGUAUUAUAGGGUGCGGAUUAAAAUGCGAAUUUCAUUUUUUUUUCUGAAAUUCCUAAAGCAAUGCUUUAAAUCAAAGAAUUCAAAUACAAAUCUUUUAUUUUAGAUUUUUUUUGCAUUUACUUUGCAUUUUUAGAAUUUUUUUUUUAUUUCUAAGAGCAUUUUAUUCUUAAGUACAUUUUUAGAUUUUUAAGGAAUAUUUUCUUCUUUUAACAAACUUCAUAGUUUUUUCAGAAAAUGUAAUACAAUUUAUUUCGAUUUCCUCCAAAAAGAAAUCAUAUAAUCAUUAUUAUAAGUUUUAAGAACGUACUAUAAAAAUGACCUACAGUGUGCCUAUAGUAUAAAUAAUAUGGCAAUUAUAUUUUGAAUUUUAUUUUAUUUAAUCAUCCUUGUACCAUAACUGUACAUUUUUAAUUUUUUAAGUGAAUAUUUUAGAAAUUUUUUGUAUUACAAAAAUAAUAAUUUAUAAUACAAUCAUCCAUUAAUAUUCGAAUAUCAGAUUAGUUUUUUUUCAUUUAGCGAAAAAGGGAAAAGUACCCUAUUAGCGGAAACGGGACUUGACCAAUUGUAUAAUUUGGUAAAAAAGUGAAUCGACGGAAGAGCAUUUUUGGCGGAAACGAGUAACUCCCAUAAUAGUACCCAUAGUAUAUUAUACGACACGUGGUAAUUUCGUAUUAUCUGGACUAUCCGCUCAUUUAACGAAAAUCGAACAUACCAUUAGCCCAAACCUGAUCUACUCCAACGAAGUUAUAUAUUAAGUUAAAAUUUUAAACAUAUUCAUUGAAAAAAUACGUUGAGCUUAAAUAAAUUAGGAGUAGAUAAAAAUAAAACUACGCCGUGUAAGUCAAGGAAAUCAAAUAAUAAUUAGUUUUAUUUUUUGUCUUGCCUUGUAUAUACGAGAGUUGUCCCAAAAGUAAUGCACAGCGGGCUCUAACUGUCUUGCAAUGUGAUAUUAUCAGCUGAUUUUAGUAUCAGUUUGUAACUUGAAGUCUAAAGAACACGUGCGUUUUCAGUUUUAGUUGUUUUAGUAAAGUAUGAUGAUGUGUGAGAGCGAUAACGAAAGUGAGAACAAUUCGUCGGCUCACAUUUCUGUUUUUGAGCAACGCGCAUACAUUAAAAUCGAAACGAUUCGUGGUAAAACAGUGCCUGAAAUUCAUGCCGCGUUAAAUGAAGUGUAUGGAACGGAUACUGUGGAUCGUAGUACGGUGCAAAGAUGGCAUCAGCGAUUCCGUGAUGGUCGUAUAAGUAUUGAUAACAACCCUCGCUCUGGCCGACCCUCUACGGUUACUCAAGACAACACUAACGCGGCUAUUCUCGCAACUCUACUCGAUGAANAAUGGUGUGUCCAUAUUGCACGAUAAUGCGCGGCCGCAUAUCGGAGCACCAGUCGUCGCUCUUUUGGAGAAAUAUGGAUGGGAACGCCUCAAACACCCAUCGUAUUCGCCGGAUUUAAGUCCCCCGGACUUUGAUUUAUUUCCAAAACUGAAGGAACCACUUAGAGGGAUCCGUUUUCCCAACUUAGAUAUACUAAAUGAAGAAGUGAGCCGAAGGAUCCGUGAACUCAACAAAGAUGGCGUCCUAUGCGGCAUUCAAGCGCUCCCGAAACGAUGGCAAUCGUGUAUAGACAAGCAGAGAGAUUAUAUCGAAGGUCUAUAAUAUUGUAUUUAGUUUAAAAUAAAAACUUAUUUAUUCAGAGCAAAUUGCGCAUUACUUUUGGGACAACCCUCGUACAAUCGCUUAAAUGUGUUAAUUAAGGAAAUCGUUUAAGAAGAUUUUUUCCAUCAAACUGGACGUACAGUUAAGUUCAUUGGACCCAGUAGUGUACGAUUUUGCUUAUGAAAAUUUUGCACAUUAGAAAAUAAAUAGUAAAUAAUAGGAUUAUUCAAUUUUGUAAUAAAAUAUUUUAUUUCAAACAAAAUAUAUACAUUCAUUGGCGGAGAAGGGAUAAAUGGAAAAAGUACAAAAGUCAAGAAGAAUGUUUAACUGCACUUAAGGUUUUGUUUUUAGAAGAGGAGUGAACACACAGUGGAUAUUCACUAAACAAAUACCCUGGGUCACUGAAGUCACGCUCAAUGCUCGAAUAUAUACGUCGUAGAUUCUACGAUAAAUUUAAACGCGCUCAGAUGACUUAAUUCCACCUAUAUUGGGGAAUGAAAUAUUAUAAUAUAUAUUCAUUUUAUAUUUACGUGAAAUAUUUAUAGGAAUCGAAAUUAUUCGCUUCUGACAGGGGCAACCAUUUACACGUUUUAUGGCAGCUACCGCAAUAUGUGUUUAUAGUUUUUGCAAGUACAAUUUUUUUCUCUACGUCCGUUCAAUUUUCGUUUACUGAAGUAAGUAUAUUAAAUAUUAUAUUAUCUUGUUAAUUUUUUUUCUAUACUUUUCUAUAGACGUAAUAUUUGCAUUAUUUUUAAGGAUCUUAGAUCAGCACAAAAUUAAAAUACAACCCAUCAUCACGAUUUAUUUCUAGUUAUAACGUUUUACAUUCUGAACGCAGAUUGAUUUUACAAUAAUGUGUGGUUUCUCCCUCUCUCUCUCUCUCUCUCUCUCUCUCUCUCUAUCUAUCUAUCUAUCUCUAUCAACAGCUCUUCUACCAGAAAUUAAAAAACGACAAGAAACUUUUUUUGGAAAAACAGAAGUAAAAAAAAGUAUAGGAAAAACUGACAAACUAACGGUAAUAAAAGUUUCAUUGUUUUUGGUUUUAUUUUAGUUUUCGUUUGAUUUUUAUGUAGAUAUAAUAAUUUUUAGCAGGAAAUUUCAAUAUGUUAAUACAAUAUUUUUAUUAUAAGUCUUACUUAGUGGUAAAAAAAAUUAAUGUUGUUAUUUUAUUUUAUUUUUAUAAGCAAUUUAAUUAUUUUAAGUUCAAAUUUUGAUAGAAAUCGUAAAAACCAUAACAUUUCAAAACCAAUUCAAUUGAAUUUAGCUCAGAAUCAUUUUCCAUAAGCAAUGGUUUAAAAUAACAGUAUAAAUUAAAUAAUAGCACUUAUACAUUAUCUACCAUCCUAACGUACCGCCUAGGGAUUCGAGAGCCGAGGUGUGGGUCAAUGAUGGAACUCUCGUUUUCAGGGGAGGCUAAUCGGCUCAUGGAAAAAAGAGAUUGAUAAGUAAAAAAAAAAGUAAUCACUUGUUUUUAUACACCCGUCCCACUCCCUUCCCUGUCUGUGUUUCUUAAAAUGCAAAAAAAAAGGUUAUUGUUUUUGUAGCUAAACAACACUUACCAAAAUCUAACUAAUAAUCUAACCAAACUAUAUUUACAAUAAACAACAUCAAAUAUAAAUUUGUUUACUCAUUCAAUCAGUGGCGGAUUUACGGGGGGGGGGUCCAGGGGGCCUAGAUCCCUCCCAGAAACUGAUAUAAUUUAAAUAAAAUGUCGUCCAAAAAAGAGGCAAGGCAUCUAUUAAUAGAAAUACCUUUUAAAUACAUAUACAUAUUAUUUUUCAGGACCCAUCCCGGAAAAAUAUUGAAAAUCCGCUACUGCAUUAAAUAUUUUUUAUUAUUUUAGUUUUAUGAUGUAUUUUUUGUAUUUGAAAAUAACUAUUCUACCGAAAAUUUUGCUCUAAUCAAAAACAGAAUUUUUUUGUUGCACAUUGGAUCUAGCUAGUGUAUUAGGGGAGCCAUUUUAGUGAUUUUUGAAGCGGUUUUUAUGUUACAUUAGAUAACAUUAUAUAGUAUUAAAUAAUAUAUUUGUAGUAGUAUUAAUAUAAUAAUAAUAAUAUGGCAUAGAAUAAAAGUUGUUUAAUAAAAUCAGAUAAAAAUAUAAUAUAAUCAUUUAAAAAAAUAUUAUUUUCUUUGCUUUAGUAUACAAAAAAUCAUCAAUAAUUUGUUUAGUACCUAAUUCCUGUGUACGUUAUUUUUUAUAUAGUAAUUUUUUAUUAGCUUCAAUUUGUAAAAUUAACGUUCUACAGAUGCCACAGUUACUGGUAAACUCAAAAAAUAAUACAAGCACUCAUUAUGUCACUAUAUACUAAUGAAAGAUAAUUUUUCGAAAAAAAACUCACAAAGUUCUUUUAUUGUUUUCAAUUUUGUACAUUUCAAACACUCCAAGUGUUAAUAGUUGUCGAGUAAAAUCGAAACUAAUUUAAUUUUGAUAAAACUUAACAAAAUUAUACGCUGAUUUAGUUAACUUUGAUUCUUUAAAUUGUUAUAAUCAUUGAAAGUUUAAUUAUUGUUUAUUAUCUUCAUUUCUUCAAAUCUUUCUUAUGACUGUACUAACGCAGUAUCAAUAAAUGGAAAAAAUAUAGUUACCCAAAAAUUAUCCUCAGCAAUUUAUUUAUUUAUUUGAAUAUGCUACUGGACUAGCCCAAGUUACAAUGUGUAGAGUAUUUAAAAUAUGCUUAAAUAUAGAAAUGUAAUAUAAUGUGUUUAAUAAUUUUGAAGGAAGUUAUAAAGUUAAUGUAAAGAAUGGUCGGUAUUUGCGAUGCGCAUAAGACGGAUAAUUGAAGAAUGGAGAAGGUAAUUAGAUGAAGAUAUAGAAAUAUGUAAUAAAAACUGAUGAACAGGUAUGACGGCAGAGAAAAUCAAAGGUGAUACGGGAUAGAAGUUCGAGGCAACCAAUUUUAUAAGAAGGAAGGUUAAAUAGGAAAGUGUUAAGUGUCGACAAUCAGUAAGGCUUUCGAAAGAUAAAAAUCUUUAGACAAGAAUGUAAUCAUAGGGAUAAAAGGUAUGUGUAGUUUAAAAACAACAUGACGAAGAAAUUUUCUUCAGAUCUUUUCUAUCAUUUUAUGAGCGGCAGCGAAUAAAGGGUCUCAGAGCACAGGGUCAUACUCUAAAAUAAAAUACAAUGGACAAUAAAAAAGUGUUUUUAAAUGAGCAACUAGAUUAAAUCCCACAGACACAUGAUUAAUGAAAUCCAAUAGUUUAAAAGCUUUACUGCAGAUAUUUUGGAUAUGCAUGUUAGGAAAUAGAGUCUGUGUAAAAUUAAAAUCUAAAUCUUUUACAAAGUUAUCUGCAAUUAAUAAGGGUAGUCGUACAAUACACAUAUCAAAAUACUCCAGGCAAAGCACUUAUUUAUUUAUUUAUAUAUUUAUUUACGAGUAUUAACCAUUUAAUAAUUUCGUUUUUACUUUAUUAAUUUUUUAUUGUUAAUAAAUGUCUAAAAAUAGUUUCCGAAAUAUUAUCACAAUAUGUUUUAUUUAUUUCAAAAUAACCCGUUAUUGAUAACGGGUGGAAUCUAAAGUACAGAAUGAAUGCAAAAAAAAAUACAAAUUAAAAUAUUUUAAUAUAAAUUUUGCUUAGAUAGUAGUGAUUAAAUUAGAUAGAGUGAUGGCUGAAAAGUGUAUUGACCAGACGCAUUAAACGAUCAAGACAAUGAUUGUGACAAUAUUCGUAGUACAAUUGGUUACUACGUAAGGGGCAAAGGAACGAGUAGAGCGCUAGGGUCGUACAGGACAGGAAGAAAGAUGCAUUAAAUGAGCCAUUUUUAAGUUUAGCUAAAAAGUGUAGAUUAGCAUCAGUACGUCUAUCAGCUAAGUUAGACAGGCCUAACUCCAGGAGAACAGGAAAAUGAAUGGGGUGGGGAAUAUUCAUAGCAAAAUCAUCUAAGGACAGAAAACGUCUUUUGAACUCCCUCUAAAGUAGAAGAGUCGGUAGCAGUAUAUGGAUACCAAAGAAACCAAACGGAAACAUAAUAGAGUAUGUGCCGAACAAUAGUGUAGUACAGGGUCUUGAGAAAAUAAGAGAGUAUAAACUCAGAAGAUACCCACUUAAGAAAUCCUAAAAUUUCUAAAGCUAUUCAACUAAUUAACACAAUAUGUGCAUGAUAAUUGAGAUCCGAUGUUAGGAUUACACCUAGGUCUUUUUUCUACGAACGCGUGAGAUAAUAGAGCCAUUUUAAGUAUAGUUGUAGGUGAAUAAAGAGCUAGAUCUAACAAAUGACAUAGACUGGCAAUCAGCAACAUUAAGAUGUAGCCUGAUGGAGGUAAACCAUGUAGCCUAUUAAUCUCAUAUUAAUUUGCAGUCCAAUAUUAUAGUUAUAAUGCGGUAUAUUUUUAGAUCGUUAGCAAAGCAAAGGAGGUUACAAUAGGGUAAGAUUAUUUUGAUACCAUUAAUGAAUAGAUAGAAGAGCAAGGAGGAGAGAUAUCCACCUUAUGGAACCCCUGAAUUUGGAGUCGUAAUCAUAAAUUGAUUACCAUAUAUCUUUACCUACUGCUGUCUACCUGACAUAUAUGAUUUACACCAUUGCAAAAUUGGGUUAACAAGUCACCAAAUCCAGAUUUAUAAAGUAUUUCCAAAAUAAAUGAUUUGAUUAUUAUGAUCCACACCAUCAAAUGCUGUAGCGAAAUCAAUGAAUAUCCUGAAGUCGACCUAAGAAUUAUUUUCAAAAGCCUCUAAAUAAAAUUGUUAAGAGUAAUAAGGUUCACGGCCGAGCAUAAAAUAAUACUGUUCAUCCAUAAGGAUAGAGUUAACAAAAGGCUGAAUACCAAUAAAAAAAAAGGAUUCAAAUAAUUUAGAGAUAUGACCAAGAAUUGAGAUAGGCUUGUAGUUUUAAACGUUGGAUUCAUCACCAGAUUUAUAUUAUAUAGAAGUAAUUAAGUUGAGCUUCCGAAUUGAGGGAAAUAUGCUUUCAUCGAAGAAUCACCUGAUUAAAAUUAAUAGUAUGCAUACUUCACUGAGUACACAGAAAAAAUCUCAAGUUAUAAAGAAAAAUUUUAGAUAAGCUAUUGAGACCCGUAGACCUGACAUUCUUCAAUUUUUUGAGGCCUGUAUAAAUAUCCGAGAUACUAAAACUACAAUUACUAGGAAGGUUGUGAUAUAAAAAUGGGAAAUUAAUUGGGUGAGCAGUAGACGGCGCAGUAUAAUCAGAGUUAAAGUAUGAAGAAAACAUAUUUGGAAUUUGGGUAUGGCUGGAACUGGAGAAAUCAUUAAAGAAAAUACAUCUAGGAAUGGAAUUAUUAUACUUAUUAUUACGAAUAAAGGUCCAAAAAGAGCAAGGGUAUUGUCUCAGUAAGAAUUCAGUUCAAGUUUAGUAGGCUUUGUAGCAUUUUUUGGAUUCGAGUUUAUAACAAGCCCGAAGUUUCGAGAAUAGAACAUAAUCAUGAGCGUAAUUAGUGCGUUUAAAGGGGGCAUACGCUUUUCUUUUGACAUAUAUUAUAUAUUCGAAUUGUUUAGAGAACCAAAUAGGGAAUUUUGAGUUGACAUAGGUCACAACAGGGACAUAUUAUAAGAUGCUGGACUGAAGACCAUCGUAGAGUGCGUUAAGCGGAAUCAACAUUGAGGUUUUUAAGUGUCGACCCAGUUAAAAGACUCAAGAAAAGAAAGUAUAUGAGGAUAAAAUACUUUAUAGAAAUUGCAAGAAGUAUGAGACCUAUCCAUAAUAGGUAUUAAAUGAAUCAAAGAAGAAAAUAUAUAGAGUGCUGGAUUGUACGGAGCGCAGGGAACUCCAUAACAGGUUGAUUUAACCACAUGCAUGAUAUUAUUAUUGGAAAAAAUUAGAUUAAGUUGUUUACCAAAAGUUAUAAUGAAUGUUAUUGAUUCGAAAGAAGUUGAAGAAAGCAAAUGAGUCAGGAAUAAUGUGAUUGAACCGUAAGUUGAAAUUUUUGCUCCAGAUUUUGAUGUUACAUAAUAGUAAUCAUUUCUUAAGAAAACUUCUUAAUAUUAUUUGCAUCAGCGUCAGAGCAGUUUGUAUUUAAUAUAAAACUAUUAUUGGUUUACAUGGACCAUAUUAACAUGCCUAAUUUACUGAUGUUUUAAAAAAAACAAAUAAUAAUAAACUAACCUAGUUAAAGUUUCUCAUGACAAACAUUUUGUAAAACAGAUUCUUGAUAAAGUGAUGAAGUUUAUCUUCAGUAAAUUUGUUUGUAAUUGGUGUUUCCUAAAAUAACAAUUCAAAAAUAUAGACGGACAUAUUUCUAACGUGGGCGCAGCCACUGUUGUAGGUAGAAAGUUGGGAAAAUAGGAUACAGACGGGAAUUAAUGUAUAUCUGUAAGCAACGAUAAGCCAUUGCUAACCAAAAAACUAUUCUAAGGGAAGUUUAGUUGAUAAUGUUACUUUGUCAAUAAUACAAUACAUGGUAUAUGUCAUAUCAUGGUAAAAUGAUUACAAUAAUGUGCGUUUUCAUGAGGUCCGAGAAGUUAACAGGAACUUGAAAGACACUAAUUCCUGCUAUACCACCAAAUUUUAGUGCUUUCAGAAUAUAUAAAAAUACAAAUUUCUGCUCACUUCAAACUCGAGUUAUCGAUAUCACAAAUUGUUUAAUUUAAAACUCAGUAUUAUAAUUCUACAGUCAUUUAUCACGGUGACAACAAGUAGACAAACAAGUAAACAAGUAAACAAGUAGACAAGUAGACCAUACUAGUAGUAUUAUAGUUUUAAUGGUUUUUUUAUUAUCUUAUUAUCCAUUAUUUUGUUAUCUUUAAAUUAUUUACAGACACUGUUUAAUAUUUUAAAUUAUGUAUAAAUGAUCGAGUUAUGGUUGACAGGCGGUUUAUUGUACCUACGUCCCACUAUGUACAAAUGCUAUUUCCUUCAUGUAAAUCGUUUUAUCUUAUUUUGUAUUUUUUAAGAUAAUAUUCAAAAGAGAAAUUAGUACUCCAUUUAAACUCGAGUUUAGUAAAACGAGUGAAAAUAGAUUAAAUCAAACUAGCUUAUUAAAAAACCUCCUAUUUAUUUAAAACAUACAUACUUCCUAUAAGUAAAAAUUAAAAAAAAUACUAUACUUAUUACAAUAACUUAAUUAUUACAUUAUCGUUCUAGUUUCCGAACCUAAAGUUUAUUCUGUAAACAAUAAUAAUGCAACCAUAACAUAUUUCGAUGAUCUAACCUGUUUGAUAUUUUUCUUCAUGUCAUCAUGAACCUAAACCCAAUAUAUUUGUAAUUUUGUGAUUUUUCAAAUCAUUUAAUAAAUUAAUCAAAUACGUACAGAGUAUUUAGUUGAAUACUUGAAAUUGGUACUUUUAGCAGAAAACAGUAUAUAUAAACAACAAUAUCAAGUUAUUAUACAUUUUUCAUAUCUAAUAAAUCCAUUGCAAUAAUCUUCAAUGCAGUUUUUCUUUUGAUUGAAAUGUUUCCUGUGAAUCUACCAAUGUUUGUACCUCACUUAUAUUUUCAUCUUUAAAAUUCAAAGGAUUGAUGAAAAUGUUAUAGAUAGAAGUAGAUUUUUAGAAUUAGCAUUUGAACAUUUUUAAUUUCUUUUAAAUAAUGAAUGUUUUAAAUCUCUAUGAAUUUCAACUACGUUACAAUCACAGUCUAUUCUUUACAUAUUGUUUGGCAUAUCAGUUUUACUAAAAAUAUUUUUAAAAUAUCAAAUCUUUUUUUGAUAUAUUUUUAUUGAUAGUAUUUGUUUUAAGUACAUCAAUUGCUAAUUCAAUUCCAGGAAUAUUGUCAAACAUUGAAACCUUAUCACGUAAUUUCCUGUUAUCAAAUAAAUAAACUGCAAUUAAUUGUACGAUUGAAUCAAAUUCGCAUGUAUCCAAGAAGUUAUACGUAACUUCAUUCCUUUUUUUGACUACCACAGCCAAUAAUUAUAAUUCCAUCAUUUGGAAGUAAACCAAUUUUUGACCAUUUUUUUCAUAUUAUUUUUAAAUAGCAACUGGAGUAAUAACAAUAACGAGUUUUGAAUUAUUGUAUAAAUCUUUAAGAGUUUCGGAUAAUACCUUGUUUUAUACUAUUAAGUUGUACAGUAAUAGUAUAGUGUAUAGUAUAGUUGUAUGUAUAGCAUUUUUAUAUGGACUUUGUUUAUUUGUAAAAUAUCGUCUAAUAUGUCUGAGUUUACGUACUACGUACUAUUAUAUAUUAUACUACAAAGUAGAAUUUUAAUAAGUUGGUGAUGCAAAGUAUAAGCAUAGAAUCUAUUGUAGAUAUUGUACAAGUUCUUAAACAAAUAGACUGACAGGAAGGAAAUAGCAUUUGUACAUAUUGGGACGUGGGUACGAAAAACCAACAGUCAACCAAAACUCGAUCAUUUAUACUCAAUUUAAAAUAUUAAACAGUGUCUGUAAAUAAUUUAAAGAUAAUAAAAAACCAUUAAAACUAUAAUAUUACUUAUAUGACAACUUCAAUGUUGUCAGCGUGAUAAAUGACUGUAGAAUCAUAAUACUAAGUUUUAAACUAAAAAAUUUGCGAUAACGAUAACUUGGGUUUGAUGUAAGCACAGAUUUUUAGUUUUAUAUAUUCUGAAAGCACUAAUUGAGCACUAAAAUUUGGUGGUAUAGAGGGAAUUAGUGCUUUUCAAGUUUCCAUUAACUUUACGGGCCUAUUUCCAUGAUAACAAUGAUUGUUUAAAAAAGAUUAAAACAAUAAUAACAAAAAAUAAAUAUAAAUGGCUGCCAAUGACAACCUUAUUUUUAACCUUUCAACCUUUUUCAAACUAAAGAUGGAGGUUUACCUCAUUAUCUCGAAUAUUAAUUAGAAUAUCAAAAAAUUACUUCUUUACAGUACCACCCAGAGAAUAUUUCCUUUCAGAAAAAGUGUUUUAUUUAAUAAUUGUAGUAUGCUUUCUGAUAGAAAAAGUGUUCACAUAAAAAAAAUAACAAAAAAAACGUCAUUGUAAAACCAAUACAUUCCUCGUCCCACUCAGAAUCUAAUAAUAAUUUGUACCAAGAGGAGUACGUACUUUUCAGAAUCUAAAAACGAAAUUGAAACUAAUAAAAGAAUUAUUUUUUUACAUUUUCCGUACUUUCUACAUUUUUUUUUCGGUUUAGCUCAAUUAAUAAAAAAACUGCAAAGAAAGUAAAAUAAAGACCUUUUUUUUCACCAACUAGAUUACAAAUUGAUCAAAAAAUCACUUUUUAUUUUUUAAUUGGAGCAAUAAUAUUAGAAAACAUAGGCCGAAAAAAAUAAAAUAAUGAAUUUUUAACCGUGUAAAUUUGUCAAUUUUAAUUUUACGUUUUUUCUAAUCUAUAUAAUAUAUAAAAUAUCAUGUCCUGACUGACUGAUUCAUCAUCGGCUAGCCCAAACCACUAGACAAAUCGGGCUGAAAUUUGGCACAUAGAUAGCUAUUAUGAUGAAGGCAUCCGCUAAGAAAGGAUUUUUGAAAACUCAACACCUAAUGGAGUAAAAUAGAGGUUUUAAAUAUAUUCAAUACGAACAUCUAAGUGCUUAUUUAUUUAUUUUUGUUUAUUCGAGGGUUACUUUGGUCGCGACGGAAAAGAAAACAAUUAUAAUUAUUAUUAUUACCAUUAUUUACACUAUUAAAAUGUCACAAUAGAACAUAUUUAGUCCACCGAAUGGGUGGGCUACCCACUUUCCAUUUAUUUAUUUUCAUUCAGUUCUGACACGGCCAAAACCAAAAAUGAAUAUGGGUAAAAUAAUAACAAUACAAAUUGGUACGGGCAACGCUGAAUUCGGGACCGCUAGUAAAUAAAUAAAUAAAUAAAUAAAUAAAUAAAUAAAUAAAUAAAUAAAUAUACACUAUUUAAAAUUUAAAAUAUAAAUGUUUGCAACUUGUCAAAUCGUCUGUAUGUAAAAAUGUUUAUUAUAAUAUACACAGAACAAAAUUAUAGCCAGGUUUAACGGUAUACUGUAUAGGUAUUAUUCAAAUAAAAACUAGAUAUAAAUUUUAAAAUUGUUUAAUCGAAAAAGCGCACAUUAUUAAUUAUAUUAAAUUCUAAAAACGUCAUAGUAAAACUCUUUACUGAUUAUAUAUUAUUAAUUUAAAAAAUAUUAUCUUUAAUUUAUUGCAUAUUGAUUUCUUUAGGCUCCACUCAGAAUAAAAUCAUUCAUAGCAGCCUGUUCCUUUUUAGCUCAUUCAGCCGGUAACCUCAUAGUCGUCCUCACUUCAUCUCUUUCGAUUGAACAACAAGUAAGAAUAAUUAUUGCCCAUUUUUGGAGGUUAAACCCUAAACACGCGUAGCCAUAUUUUAUCUAAUCAUCAAUAUUUUAUGGUCACCAAAAUUAUUUUUUUCAUUUCUCAGGUGCACGAAUAUCUAUUUUUCACCGGUCUCAUGUUUUUAGACACGUUAUUAUUAGCCUAUUUAAGUAGUAAUUACAAGUAUAAAACGUUCAAACAAAGAACAAUUGACUUCGAAAAAGGCCAAAUUAUUAACGAAAAUACACAAAUCAAAGAUUUGCCAAGUAAUAAAACGUGA